GCAAAGGGAAGGACGAUGUAACGUAGUUCUUCAAUAUUGAACAAAGAAAUGUUUUAAGAAAAAUAUAAGCUGUAAUUUUCAAAUAAAUGACAGAUGAAGUGUCUAUACUGGAUUUAGAUUCUAAAAUCUUGAUCCACUGACAGAAACUUAUGGAUUACCUUUUUAUAUGCAGUAUUUAGCCCAUUGGCCUGAAUAUUUUCAAGUACUUGAGUCACCCAAUGGAGACAUCAUGGGUUAUAUAAUGGGGAAAGCUGAAGGUUCUGGAGAACAGUGGCAUGGCCAUGUCACAGCUUUGAGUGUUGCCCCUGAAUUCAGAAGACUGGGUUUGGCUGGAAAACUGAUGAAUGGACUGGAAGAGAUUUCAGAAAGGAAACGCUGUUAUUUUGUAGAUUUAUUUGUGCGAGUAUCAAAUAAAGUGGCAGUUGCGAUGUAUGAAAAAUUGGGUUAUAGUGUAUAUAGACGAGUCUUAGAAUACUACUCUGGAGAAGUAGAUGAAGAUGCUUUUGACAUGAGGAAAGCAUUAUCUCGAGACAAGGACAAAAAGUCUGUGAUUCCUCUGCCUCAUCCUGUGAGGCCGGAUGAGCUGGACUGACCUGAGGAAGGGCACAGUACUCUGCUUGAUAUUUAUGAUCCACUUCUCAUUGCUGUUUUUAUCUUGGUUGCUUCCCUUUUCUUCCUGCUGUUAGAACUGUGGCUACAAAGUCAAAAACGUUCUAUGGCUGUUAGUAAAGAGCUGUAAUUGAUUGGAACAGCUAAAAUUUCUGUAACUCCAGCUAAAAUCAUCUUUAUUUCAAUGUGAAGUUAAAUAUCUUUUAUCAAAGAGUGGUUGGCAGCCCAUGUACAUAGAGCUGCAUAAGUCUAAUUUUUUUUCAUUAACUAUAGCACUUCAUUUAUGUUGAACAUUCUUACUUACUUAUUUUCAUUUCAAAACAAAUUAUUUUAAAACUUUUUCUUUAAGAAAGUGAUUAAAUAUGUGUAACGUUUGUUUCAAUGUAGAUUCUAUUUCAAGUUAAAGUAUCAGAAAUCAAACAUUGUGACUAUAAAUAUUGUUUAGAGGAAAUUAUUUUAAAAGUUUUUUAAAUCAUAGUGCUG